UAAAUCACAAACAAUUUUGUUAAAGGCUGGAAGGAAGUUGGAAGUUGAUAAGGUCAAGGCUGGGAUACACAAAACAAAGAUGGACGCCCACAGAGAAGAUGGGCUUAUUGACAGCCCGAACUUCAUACAGAAUGACGACGAACUACUCAACAGAACGCUGGCUGUCUUGCCAUGGGAUCGAUUUUCAAAUUGGAUACAUUGUGCGUGUGUGGUGACUUUUGAUUUAGAACUUGGUCAGGCGAUGGAGCUGAUCUAUCCUGGUCAUGUCAAGCUCACAGACAAAGAGAAAAUGAAUAUCUGCUACCUGUCAUUUCCUGAUUCAAAUUCUGGGUGUAUGGGCGACACACAGUUCCACUUUAGGAUCCGUCAGUGUCCGGGGAGAAAGUCACUCAUGAGGGCUCACAGUCAGUACAACAGAGAUGCUCCCAUAGCUCUACAGUGCGACGAUGCCCAUUACUUCGGCUUUGUGUACUUCAGACAGACAAAGGACAGAUCGAUACGAAGAGGAUAUUUUCAGAAGUCGGUGGUCCUUGUGACAAAAUUGCCGUUUGUGGCCUUGUUCAAUCAAAUCAUCAGCAUUAUUGCCCCAGAGUACUUUGACAACGGGGAACCUAGUCUUGAGGCAGCCUGCCAUGACAUAGAUCAGUGGCCAAUCCCCGUGCCAGGUGACACCCUCAACCUGCCCAUCAUGGGCACUGUCCUGCAGGUACGAGUGCCGAGUCGAUCAGACAAGCUGAUAGGUCCCGCACAGACCAGAUCAGAGCAUGGGCACACUGUCCCAGCUCACACGAUACUGCCGUCACUUCACGAAGUGGAUAUUUACAGUGCAUUUCUCACUAUACUACCUCAUGUUCAGUUGCUGUGGGAGCUGGUGCUUAUAGGAGAGCCGAUUGUAGUGAUGGCCUCUUCUCCCACGGUCACCUGCCACACAGUGCAAGCUCUAGUCAAUAUGAUUGCUCCACUGAAAUUCUGCAGUGAUUUCCGCCCGUAUUUCACAAUUCACGACAGCGAGUUCAAGGAGUACACGACAAAGACGCAGGCUCCCCCUCCGGUGAUCCUUGGGGUGACCAACCCUUUCUUUGCCAAAACUCUGCAGCACUGGCCUCACAUCAUCCGCAUCGGGGAAAUGGGAUCAAUAGGGAGUUCGCCUAAACUGGCCAACAAAGUGAAGAAGGCCGCCGCGCUAAAGACUCUGGACUCCAAUCCAGGUGUCUACACCAGGUACAAGUCUUUCCUCACCAAGGACAAAGCCAUUCUCAAGCGUCUGAUGAAGGGAGCUCAGCUGAAGCGUCCGGUGGAGGCCCAGAAUGCCAUUCUCCGCCGCUACCUCCUGGAGGUCACACAGAGCUUCAUGAUCCCUCUGGAGCGGUACAUGGCCAGCCUGAUGCCCCUACAGAGGAACAUCUCUCCACACAAGGGACCUCCCAAACUGAGGCCAUUUGAGUCGGAGAAGUUUCUGGAGACGGUGGAGCACUCUGGCCCUCAGCUCACCUGUGGCAUCAAGGGAGACUGGGAGUCCCUCUACAAACGUUUCUUCCGCUCCCCCAACUUCGAGGGCUGGUACUACCAGCGGCAGCGAGAGGUCAACCAGAAACUACAGCUGCUGCAUCUGGAGGCCUUGAGUAAUGCUAAUUUGUCGGAGUGGAUUGUAGACAAAGAAGAAGUGGAAAUUGUGGAUCUGAUUCUCAAAAUCAAAGAAAAAUUGACGUUUGCCUCCCACCACCACGGGAUCGUGGCCAAGGACAGCGUGUCGCGGCUACAGAAACAGCUGGAGGACAUCGUCUCCACCCUGCCAGACGACCUUCAGAGCGUCAUCAAAACGUGAUGUAACCUUGACCUAGCUACUGACCGUACUGUAUUCCCACCUUGAGGUGUGAUGGCCGUGACUGCUCACGUGGAAAACUGUGGCCUGACAUCUAUAUAUAUAUAUAUAUAUGUGAGAGGUGUGCUGACAAAAUGAGUUACUUCUCGGAUUCUAUUCUUAUGGGAAUAGAUACAUCACUCUUAUAGGUGAAGUUUUUACAAUUUAUAAGUAUGAAAUAAUAAAAGGCAUGUUAUAAUUAAA